ACAUGACCUGUGCAGAGGCUGAACAGUUGCUUCAUCUGUUCAGAUGGAUUAUCGCAGUGACCCUGGAGAGCAGCCAUGAAGAGAACGGUUCCUCUCAACUCGAGAUGGGCAGAGAGACGAUCUACUCUGGUUUAUGCGGUGCGCUCAGCUACUCUAGGCUCCUGGAGGAUGCUCACCCUGGGGGCAGAGUACGAGGACACCUGGGCCCCGUCACCGAACAAGACUCGCCGCCCCAGUCAGCGGGUAGAGGAGAAGCCGGGCUUUGCAGAGGGGUCAGACACCGACGCUGGAGACCUGGAGGAGCCGUCGUGGAGAUCCGCCGACUCCGACACAGUGCAGAAGUAUGAUGCAGUUUUGCACCUGGACAGUGUGAGCAGAGCGGGAAGGACAGACGGUGUGCGUCAGAUCAUCAGGAAACACGAGAUCCUGAGCAGCACGCCAUGGACCAACAGAAUGGCUCGCUUCGCAGAAGAUCUACCCACCCGCUAUGGAGGAGGCGCAGGCGGCGGAGGGAGGGGUGGACCGGGCGCUGGGAGAGGGGGAGCCCGGGGUGGUGGCGCUCCGGGUGGCCAGAGGGUGUACAAGCAGUCGAUGGCCCAGAGAGCCCGGACAAUGGCCAUUUACAACCCGAACCCUGUCAAACAGAACUGCUUCACAGUCAACCGCUCCCUCUUCAUCUUCCGAGAGGACAAUCUCAUCAGGAAGUAUGCAAAGCGAAUAACAGAGUGGCCUCCAUUUGAGUACAUGAUCCUGGCUACAAUUAUCGCCAACUGCAUCGUCUUGGCCCUGGAGCAGCAUCUACCUGCCAGCGACAAGACGCCCAUGUCCGAACGUCUGGACGACACAGAGCCGUACUUUAUUGGAAUAUUCUGUUUCGAGGCUGCCAUUAAGAUCAUCGCCCUGGGCUUUGCGUUUCACAAAGGCUCCUACCUCCGCAACGGCUGGAAUGUAAUGGACUUCGUGGUCGUCCUCACGGGAAUCCUGGCCACGGUGGGUUCGGACUUUGACCUGCGGACACUGCGAGCGGUGAGAGUGCUGAGACCCCUGAAACUCGUGUCAGGAAUCCCCAGUCUCCAGGUGGUGUUGAAGUCCAUAAUGAAAGCCAUGGUUCCUCUGCUUCAGAUUGGCCUGCUGCUUUUCUUCGCCAUAGUCAUGUUUGCCAUCAUCGGGGUGGAGUUUUACAUGGGCAAAUUCCACACCACCUGCUUCAAGAUAGACACUGGUGAGAUAGCAGCAGACUGGCCUUGUGGUCUGGAGCCGCCGGCCAGGACGUGUCCCAACGGGACCCAGUGCAGAGAGUACUGGACAGGACCCAACUUUGGCAUCACCAACUUUGACAACAUCCUGUUUGCAGUGCUUACUGUGUUCCAGUGCAUCACCAUGGAGGGCUGGGUGGAAAUCCUCUACAGCACCAACGAUGUAGCAGGAAACACCUGGAACUGGCUCUACUUCAUCCCUCUCAUCAUCAUCGGCUCCUUCUUCAUGCUCAACCUGGUGCUGGGUGUCCUCUCGGGAGAAUUUGCCAAAGAGAGAGAGCGCGUGGAGAAGAGGCAGGAGUUCCUGAAGCUUCGGAGGCAGCAGCAGAUCGAGAGAGAGCUCACCGGAUACUUGGAGUGGAUCUGCAAAGCAGAGGAGGUGUUGCUGGAGGAGGAGGAUGAGAUUGCAGAGGAGAAGUCCCCGCUGGACGGCGCAUGGUACAAGAGGAAACAAAACCUUCCAGUCCUGAAACGAAGCAAAGCCAAGAAAGGGAAGAACGACCUGAUCAGUGCCGAGGAGGGGGAGGACCCUUUCGCAGACAUCUCCUCUGUUGCUCCUCCGGGCUCCCCGUUCGGUCGGGCCAGCGUGAAAAGCAGCAGUAAGAUGGACAGCUCCUCCUACUUCCGGCGGAAGGAGAAGAGGAUCCGGUUCUUCAUCCGCCGCAUGGUGAAAGCUCAGAGCUUCUACUGGAUCGUUCUGUGUCUGGUGGGCCUCAACACGCUGUGUGUGGCCAUCGUCCACUACGACCAGCCCGAGUGGCUGACAAGGGCCCUCUACACAGCAGAGUUCGUGUUCCUGGGUUUGUUUCUGACUGAGAUGACCUUGAAGAUGUACGGCCUCGGAGCGAGGAAUUAUUUCCACUCCUCCUUUAACUGCUUUGACUUUGGGGUGAUCGUGGGGAGCAUUUGUGAGGUGAUCUGGGACAUGAUUAAACCAGGAGCGUCGUUCGGGAUCAGUGUGUUGAGAGCCCUGCGACUGCUCAGGAUAUUCAAAGUCACCAAAUAUUGGAACUCGUUGAGGAACCUCGUGGUCUCCCUCCUCAAUUCCAUGAAGUCCAUCAUCAGCUUGCUCUUCCUCCUCUUCCUCUUCAUCGUGGUCUUCGCCCUGCUGGGCAUGCAGCUCUUCGGAGGACAGUUUAACUUUGAAGAUGAAACACCAACAACAAACUUUGAUACCUUUCCAGCAGCCAUCCUCACGGUGUUCCAGAUUCUGACUGGCGAGGACUGGAAUGCUGUCAUGUACCACGGGAUCGAGUCUCAAGGAGGCGUUCGCCGCGGCAUGUUCUCCUCUGUCUACUUCAUCGUCCUCACGCUCUUUGGAAACUACACCCUUCUAAAUGUCUUCUUGGCUAUCGCCGUCGAUAACCUCGCAAAUGCACAGGAGCUGACUAAGGAUGAAGAGGAGCAGGAGGAGGCCGCCAAUAAGAAACUCGCCCUGCAGAAGGCUAUGGAGGUGAAGGAAGUCAGUCCGAUGUCAGCAGCCAACAUCUCCAUCGCUGCUUUUGUAAAGCAAAAUCGAGAUGCACUCUCUCGCAGGUCGUCCAUCAACAGCAUUCAGUCACCUAAGGAGCAGCAGCGGUCAGCAAAGGCCAUGUCAGUGUGGGAGCAGAGGACCAACCAGCUGAGGAGACACAACAUGAGGGCGAGCAGUGAGGCCUUGUUCAACGAGCUGGACCCCGAGGAGCGCCUCCGGAUGUCCUCCGCCCUGCACCUGCAUCCUGACAUGAAGACUCACCUGGACCGGCCGCUUGUGGUGGAGGCCAGGGAUGGUGACAAACCCGGCAGGCAUCCCGAAGGAGGACGGGAGGAGGCCGGGGAUCUUAGACAGGACGGGUUAGGAGACAACUUCCACCCGCACUCCAGGAAGCAUCACAGGCACCGCGACAAGAACGGGGAGGGCGGAGGCGAUGGUCGGGGAGGGAGGCACCACACCCAUCACAGCCGGAGCAGAGAUCACAACACCAACGGUGCCCAGACAAAAGAGAGGAGAGGGGAGAGGAGCCACAGCCGCGAUGGAGGGCAGGGACACAGGCACCACCACCAGGCCGGCUCCCCAGAGGAGGAGGCCAAUGACGUGCGAGGAGGAGGAGGAGCAGAAGAAAGGGGGCAUCGCCACCAUCACUCCCAUCGUCCACCAAAAGAGGGAAAUGGGAUGAUAGCGAAUGGUUCACAGGGAGAGCGCAAGGGGAAGGGAGGAGGAGGAGGCGAUAGCAAUGGAGAGAGGAAGGGACGCUGCUCUCGUAUGGUCAGAGAUCAGUCUGCACUGGACGGAGAUGACUGGAAGAGGAGCAAGAAUGGAACAAAAGGUCACUGGGAGAGGCAGCCAGAUGCUGAGGAGGACGGCCUCGCCUCCAGUCCUCUGCAGGCAAUGCAGAGCAGCCUGAGUCUUGGAGAAAAGCAAGAGGAUGCUGACAAUCAGAAGAACUCCACUCGGGCCAGCCAGGCCGGCCUCAACAGCAACACCAUCCACAUCCCUGUCACCAUUACUGCCCCGCCUGGAGAAACCACCAUCAUACCCAUGAACAACAUCGACUGCGACAACUUCCAACUCAGUGAGGAGAAGAAAGAUCUGGAGGAGGAGGAGGCGGCUAAUGGGCCUCGGCAGAUCCUUCCCUACAGCUCCAUGUUCAUCUUUGGGCAAACAAACCCGGUGCGACGGCUGUGUCACUACGUGGUCAACCUACGCUACUUUGAAAUGUGCAUCCUGAUGGUCAUCACCAUGAGCAGCAUCGCCCUGGCAGCUGAGGACCCCGUGCAAGCCAACGCACCGCGCAACAACGUUCUCAAGUAUCUGGAUUAUGUAUUUACUGGAGUCUUCACUUUUGAGAUGGUGAUUAAGAUGAUUGACUUGGGACUGCUCCUCCACCCUGGCUCUUAUUUCCGUGACCUGUGGAACAUUCUGGACUUCAUUGUGGUCAGCGGAGCUCUGGUGGCCUUUGCCUGCUCAGGGACAAAAGGCAAGGACAUCAACACCAUCAAAUCCUUGAGGGUCCUCCGAGUCCUGCGGCCACUCAAGACCAUUAAACGGCUGCCCAAGCUGAAGGCGGUGUUCGACUGCGUUGUAAACUCUCUGAAGAACGUUCUCAACAUCCUCAUUGUCUACAUCCUCUUCAUGUUCAUCUUCGCUGUCAUCGCUGUGCAGCUCUUCAAGGGUAAAUUCUUCUACUGCACCGACGAGUCCAAGGGUCUGGAGAAAGACUGCAGGGGUCAUUUUCUGGACUACGACAGGGACGACGUGGCAGCGCAGCCCAGAGAGUGGAAGAAGUACGAGUUCCACUAUGACAACGUUCUCUGGGCCUUCCUAACGCUCUUCACUGUCUCCACCGGCGAGGGCUGGCCAGUGGUCCUGAAGCACUCUGUGGAUGCCACUUAUGAGGACCAGGGCCCCAACCCAGGCUUCCGCAUGGAGACAUCCAUCUUUUAUGUGGUCUACUUCGUGGUGUUCCCCUUCUUCUUCGUCAACAUAUUCGUGGCUUUGAUCAUCAUCACCUUCCAGGAGCAGGGAGACAAGGCCAUGUCGGAGUGUAGCCUGGAGAAGAAUGAGAGGGCUUGUAUUGACUUUGCCAUCAAUGCCAAGCCGCUGACGAGAUACAUGCCAGAGAACAAGCAGUCCUUCCAGUACAAGAUGUGGAAAUUUGUUGUGUCGCCUCCUUUCGAGUACGCCAUCAUGACUUUAAUCGCCCUCAACACUGUCGUGCUGAUGAUGAAGUUCUACGGAGCUCCAGACCUGUAUGAGUCCAUGCUGAAAUACCUAAACAUCGUUUUCACAGCCCUCUUCACACUGGAGUGCAUCCUCAAGAUUAUUGCCUUCGGUCCACUGAACUACCUGAAAGCAGCCUGGAACGUGUUCGACUUUGUUACUGUGCUUGGAAGCAUCACAGACAUCUUGGUUACAGAGAUUAAGGACAAGAUGAUCAACCUGAGUUUCCUGAGGCUGUUCAGGGCGGCUCGUCUCAUCAAGCUGCUGAGGCAGGGCUACACCAUCCGCAUCCUGCUGUGGACAUUCGUUCAGUCUUUCAAGGCUCUGCCAUAUGUCUGCCUGCUCAUUGCCAUGCUGUUCUUCAUCUACGCCAUCAUUGGAAUGCAGGUGUUCGGAAACAUCGAGCUGAUUGAGGAGACCGCAAUAAACCACCACAACAACUUCCAGACCUUUCUCCAGGCCUUGACCCUUCUCUUCAGGAGUGCGACAGGCGAGUCGUGGCAUGAGAUCAUGUUGGCGUGUCUCAGUAACCGGCCGUGUGAUAAGCUCUCAGGAACUGUGGGGAAGGAGUGUGGAAGUGACUUUGCCUACUUCUACUUUGUCUCUUUCAUCUUCCUCUGCUCCUUCCUGAUGUUGAACUUAUUUGUCGCUGUAAUCAUGGACAACUUUGAGUAUCUGACCAGGGACGCCUCCAUCCUGGGGCCUCAUCACCUCGAUGAAUUCAUCCGCGUCUGGGCAGAGUAUGACCCGGCUGCCUGCGGCCGCAUGACUUACCGCGAUAUGUAUGAGAUGCUUCGCGACAUGUCCCCUCCGCUAGGUUUGGGAAAGAAAUGCCCCCCCAGAGUCGCCUAUAAGCGAUUGGUGAAGAUGAACAUGCCCAUUGCGGAUGACAACACGGUGCACUUCACCUCCACGCUGAUGGCCCUGAUUCGCACGGCCCUGGAGAUCAAACUGGCAUCUGGGGUCCUGGCGCAGCGUUUGAGUGACGCUGACCUGAAGAGGGAGAUAAACCGAGUCUGGCCCAACCUGUCGCAGAAGACUGUGGAUCUGCUGGUGACGCCACAUAAAUACAAUGAGCUGACUGUGGGGAAAGUCUACGCAGCUCUCAUGAUCUUUGACUACUAUAAGCAGAAUCGUGCCAAAAGACUCCAGCAGCAGCAGUCAUCAGGGGGGCCUCAGAGUAAGCUGGGGGCGUUGUUCCGCCCGGUGCUGCCCCUCACUCACAUACUGGAAGUAGAACCACCGUUCUCCAGCCCCAGCCAGCCCCUCCCACCCCAGCCCACGCCAGAGGCGAAGCCAGAGCCACUGCCCACCACCACCAUCACCACCACCACCACCACUGCCACCUCAGUUAACAGGGACAUAAUACUAAACCAGAGGAGCGCCAUAAAACAUUCCCAGUCCGGAGAUGUUUCUCAGGCAGCACAGAGGCCCAAAGGCCGGAGGAAACUACAGAGAGGCCAGUCAGAGGAUGUGCCUCAUUCCACCAGACCUCAGGAAUUGGUUGAACUGAAGCAGGUGGAGAACAUUUCAGACACAGAAGGAUAUCCGAGCCUGGAAGGCCACUGCAGAGCAGCUUCUCUGCCCCGACUCAAUGCUGAGUACUACCGGAGCCACCCUCGCCACGCCCCUGGGACCCACCUGGCACCGAUUGUCGACCUCAGUCCCAUAAGACGCUCUGCAUCCUCGCUGACGCAGCAGCAUCGCCAGGAGGUCGGGCUGAGGGAGUAUGACCUGGAACGGCCCGGCUUGGCCCAGUCCUCAAUAGGGUCAGGGCAAAUCCAGGGCCAGGACCGAGCCCACCACCACCACCACCACCAUCGCUGCCAUCGACGCAAGGACAAAGACAAAGAGACAAGGAAGCAGAAGUCGCUGGAUAGAGCUGCGUCAGUGCAACCGUCCAGCACUGUUGGUUCGUUCACCGACCCUUCAGCCGAAGGCCUGUCCAGAGAACGAGCGAGGGAGCGGGACCGCAGCCGGCCUCACGAGAGGAGGCACCACUCCUCAGCAGGAGAGAAACAGCGUUACUACUCCUGUGAGCGCUACGGCAGCAGGGAGCAGUGCCACACCAAGUCGGCCGGUCCCAGUCGAUCCACGUCUCCCGGAGAGGGACAGGACGCCGGUUUGUUCAAACAGCAUGGUAGCAGUGUGGUUAAAGCCGGCCCUGUAACGCUUCCGUCUGGUUCGAGCACUCCAGGCCGCGGUCGCAGGCAGCUCCCGCAGACGCCCCUUACCCCUCGUCCUGCUGUGGCCUACAAGACCGCCAACUCCUCCCCUCUUCCGUCCAGUGCCAGCACUGCUACAACAGGGCUCCAGACUCGCUUCAGCCGUGGCCUUUCAGAGCACGAUCGCUUAUACGGGGGUUACGACGAGACCCCGAUGCCGGUCACCCGCAUCGGCUCGGACCCUAAUUUAAACCGGCAGCCGCAGGUUGCGUCUCAACGGGCCGUCCUUGACGAGACAGAGGACUUCCAGGACACUGUGAGCAGCCACGCAGGGGGGCGCUCUGACAGAACCGCCGCCUCCACCACAGCCUCGGCUUCUCACGGAACUGCUGCUGCGCCCGUCACGGCGCCCACCACGCAGGGCCGGGCGGGGGUGGUGCCUAAUGGGUACCACUUCACCCUCGGGGUCAACUCUGCUUCUGGGCCCGGGAGCCGAGGAACAGGAAGUCUCAGGGAGAGAGAGGAGGAGGACUGGUGCUAACAUGGCAGAAAACUGUUAGCUGAGGAUGGGGCAGCUUGUCAGUGUUGUACAGCGCUCAUGUCAGAUCCAGUGAGCCAAUAGGAAGCCAGCGGAUUCAUGCAGAAGGAAAGCGAUGAGGAAAAAGCCAGUGGAAAGUGCUGUAAAAGGGGAUCAGAAACCAUUCCAGCUUCGUCUGGUUACUCUCCUUUUUAUAUAAGAAACUCUUUAAGGAAAAAAGACACUGAUGACUUUUUCUACCCCCGUUACUUGCACUGAAAUUAAAGCACAUGUGAAGACCCUUAAGUGUUUUGCCUUGGCCAGUAAAAUCAGUGUUGGAGCAGAAGACAAAAAGCCAAAAUCUCCUCAUUCUUAAAGUGAAACUAUGAACUGUGUUUCAGACUGAUCUGAACGCCUCAUUGCUGGUAUUAACAUGGCUGCUCGCAACACUGUUUUUAUUUUUGUAUGUUUUCAUUUUCUUUGUGUUUGCCAUGUAGGUGAGAGAAGAGUUUCAACUUGAUCAUAUUGAUGCAACCACCAAAUUAUUUUCCUGUUUUGAUGAGCUAUCGCUGAAUUCUGACCAGAUCUUAGCCGAGCAUAUUGAUUUACUGUAAGUCUUAAACUUCUGCCAUGACACCAGACAGACACAGUGAGUAAUGUAACAAAAGUUAAAUAAUUGGAUGGGUUAGAGUAGGUCUGCAGUCCAGUUUUCAGAUCACGUUUUUGUGAAUUGUACCAGAUGUAAAUUUUUUGAGUGCAUGUAGGGACCAGAUAUCUCUUUUGUUGACGUUGUGUGGAGAAAUACUAAGUGCCUCGUUUUCCAAGAUGUAUUAAGAUGCAGUCUGGUCAGAUGGACUUGUAUGUACCCAGCUGAGAAAAAGUGUCGAGAACAAAGUUUGAAUCUUGUAUAAUGGUCAGAAUGCAAAAAAAACAACACUUUUUUUCGUACUGAAUCUUGUGGUAGGUAAGUCCGAAUUACAGAUCCAAAGUAAGAAAUGUAGUGCAUGCCAGGGUCUUGAACUUGUCAAAACAAAAAAAAAAAAAAAAAAAUAGCAUAUGUACUUUUGCUUAUGACUGUGUGGUAAACAUUUGCCUUUCUCUUUCAAAUAUACUGCCAGUCAGUUGGUAGAAAUGGUCUCUGAAUGGAGAAAAGUGCCAUUUUUUGCUUUCUAAUCAACAAACGUUUGUCAUGUUCAGAAACACCUCCUCAAGCAUACAGUAUAUCUCUCAUCUCUGCCAUAUUUGCCCAGCUUUCAGGGGCGUCCUGUCUUCUUAUCUCUUUCCUCUGAGAGCAGUAUAGUGUGAGGUUUUGUAGGAGAGGCUACCUGUCUGUGCAUCCACAGGUACAAUAACGAGUUGUGUUGUUGCUGCUGACUGUUGACUUAAAGUAGGGCUAUGCAACAAGACGACACUCCAUCCGCCCUGUAGCUUUACCCUCCUGGAUUCUCCAGGUUCAGGCUUAAGUGUGACUGCAACCAAAUUUUACAUAUUAUGUAUGAAGAGUUGUAAAUUGUAUUAUAUGAUGUACAGUUAACUGACAACACACACUGAGGCACAAAUGGUAUCAAAGCUGAUGUAUGUGAAUCACAGGGCAUUUUGAAGUUGACUGCAUGAUGCCCACUCAGAUAGAACCACCCAAAAUAUAAAACUGUCUUCUUUCCAGACUUGGGUCAAGUUGUAUUUUCAAGUAAUUUUCUUUUUUUUUUUAACUUGCUCAGUUCAGCAGGUUGAACUAAUAUUUUCUGUCAUGACUAGAGCUCGACACAAGCCUAAAACAUCAGUACCAAGCCUGUGCCCAUGUUCUUCAGAGCUGACCACACUGAACUGGUGCUGCCAGAUUUGAGACCCCACACCCGAGGUUAUAUUCUGCUACAUUUUCUUCCAUUUGUGACUGUUAGCGUGCCAGGCUCUCAUUAUGCUCUGACUCUUUAGCCUUAAAGGAUGAGGUCUUGUUCUGCAAUCUGUUGUUGUCAACAAAUCCCAUGACAAGACCAAGACCAAAAGGUCCUGGUUUGUCUUUGAGUAUUUUCAGAUUUCCCCACCCUGUCUGCGGCACUCAGCUCAGGCCCACUGGUUGCCACUGAAAAUGUAAAUCUUUUUUUUAAAUCAUAUCCAUGGUAAUAAAGUAACACGCCCCUACUCGUGUUUGUGGUACUCAUGUCCAAGCUUGUUGGUUCCCACUGAUGACAGAAAUCUUUAAAAACUUGUCCUGAAUAAAUGUUUUCAUUUUAAAACAUGCUCAGUAAUUUCCUAAAACAGCUGGGAUUGUUUUAAAAAGUUACUUGAACAGAGUCAUUUUCAGGUAAAUGGUGCAUUAUUUGUUAUUUUCAGCAGCGGAAUUGAAUACUCAAGCGAUUCCUUAUGGAAAGGUCUGUGUUCAUGUCAAUGAAGCAGCAUGUCACCCACUGCAACACUGUGGCCAAUUGAUGUGCUUUUAAUAGUUUUUUAGGAACAGUAAAGCUCACGAGGAAUAAUAGAGAUGUAAGAUACUUAAUGUCAGGUUUUGGAUACACAGGCAGUACUUGAUAGGAGGAUCAAUUCAUGCUUUUUUCAUGGUAUUUGUUGAAAAUAAGCAAAAUACAGAAAAUCACUAAGCUUAACCUUUAAAACACUUGAUACAGCUAAUGAUGAAAUUAGUUAAUUGGCCAAAGAACAAGUUCAUAUCUUUUGGUGCAGAUCCAGGACUCAUUUGAAUAAAACAACUGUUGCACACACAGAUUAUCAACCACUAUGAGAAUUUUGAAUCAAUUAUUUCAAUCAUUAGAUCAAAAUAACUGAUUUCAAGGUCUUUCUAAAUCUCAUGGUGUUCUUUAUAUUGUCUUAAACAAGUUUCUGAAAGUGUGACUUAUUUGCAAAUAUUACUUGAUCCAAGUCUAAUUACCUCCUCAUGUUUUGAUUUUGCUUCCUGUUGUCUCAUAUCUGUGCAAACUGUCGAUGGAUCAUGUAAAAGGAGACAUUUUAGACUUUGAGCAGGAAGGCCUGCGGGCGUGGCUCUGUUCUUUAUACAGGUAAAGUAAUGGAUUGCUUGUUGUCUUAUGGUCUUGAAACGUUUCUGUAAGUUGCCAUAUUGGAGCAGAGCUUUGUGUUCAUCUAGAUUUAACAUUUUCAGACCUCUGACAAGCUCGACACAAACAGGAUGCCAGGUUUUUCCUCUCACAGUUUUACUAUGGCUGCCCCCUCUGGACGUGUCCUGUUUGCAUGUUCUGAAAUGAAAAUGUGCAUGUGCAAAAAAAAGAGGCAUUGUUUGACUUCAUUCAGUCCACGAUUUGUACAAUUUGUUUCCUGGUUGUAUUUUCCGAUUAUCUAAACACAUGAUGUAUCUGUUUCAGGUGAAAAAAAAAGAAAGAAAAAAAAAACGAGCUUGAAUAACAUUUUCUCAAAGAACCACCAAAGUGGAAACAAGGAUCUUUCUCAGAAAAGUUGUUCUGGAGUGGCUAAAUCCUUCGCUGCCUGAUCUGUUACUUGACUGUCUCUCCCACAGUCAUUUUGACUGUACCUAUAGAUUUUGUAUGAUUAUAAGUCCUUGAAUAAAGAGGUAUGAUUAUGGAA